AUGGCGAUCGAAGGUGGAGAAAGAACCUGUGGAGUGCAUGAACUUAUCUGUAUUAGAAAAGUCUCUCCAGAGGCAGUUGGAUUUCUGUCAGCGGUUGGGGUGUUUAUUGUCCUGAUGCUGCUCCUUUUUCUCUAUAUUAAUAAGAAGUUCUGUUUUGAAAAUGUUGGCGCAUUCCCAGAUCUUGGUUCAGGAUACAGUACAAGAAAGAAUUCACAAGAUAAAAUUUAUAAUUCCUACAUGGACAGAGAUGAGCACGGCUCAUCCUCUGAAAGUGAAGAUGAAGCGCUGGGUAAAUACCAUGAGGCCUUAUCCCGAACACACAAUUCCAGACUCCCGUUGGCUGAUUCUAGACAAAAGAACUAUACUUGGGAAACAAGACAAAAAUACAGUCCUCUGUCUGCAGAGUAUGAUGGAUACAGUAGUGAAGCAUCCAUAGACGAAGGAAACUGCAUCCAGAGAAUGCGAAGGACGCCCCCUCUGGACGAACUGCAGCCCCCGCCAUACCAGGAUGACAGCGGGUCCCCCCACCUCUCAUGUACGCCCUCCGAAAUCGGGGACAGUAAAUGUGAAUUUUCCCACUGCAGCAACAGCCCACGACGCUCCUAUCACAAGUGCCCGAGCGAGGGAAGCACGGGUCACGAAAUAGAGAGUUUUCACAACAAAGGAUACGAAGAGGACGUUCCCAGCGACAGCACGGCCGUCCUGAGCCCCGAGGACAUGUCAGCUCAAGGAUCAUCUUCACAGCUUCCCAAACCCUUUGAUCCUGAGCCAGAAGCUAAGUAUGGCACGCUGGAUGUGACUUUUGACUAUGACUCACAGGAACAGAAGCUCCUGGUAACCGUGACAGCCGUCACAGAUAUACCAACAUAUAACAGGACAGGUGGCAACUCAUGGCAAGUACACCUUGUUCUUCUACCUAUAAAGAAACAGAGAGCAAAAACCAGCAUCCAGAGAGGACCAUGCCCUGUCUUCACAGAAACGUUCAAAUUUAACCAUGUUGAAUCUGAGAUGAUUGGAAAUUAUGCAGUUCGAUUUAGACUGUAUGGUGUACACCGCAUGAAAAAAGAAAAGAUUGUGGGGGAAAAGAUUUUUUAUUUAACCAAAUUGAAUCUUCAAGGGAAAAUGUCAUUACCUGUGAUAUUGGAACCUUCUUACAAUCAUUCUGGCUGUGAUUCCCAAAUGAGCAUGUCCGAAGUGUCCUGUAGCAGAAGCACAUCCUCCUGUCAGUCUCUUGAGCAUGGCUCAGUUCCAGAAAUCCUCAUUGGCCUGCUUUAUAACGCCACCACUGGCAGACUAUCGGCAGAAGUCAUCAAAGGCAGCCACUUCAAAAACUUGGCAGCAAACAGACCACCCAAUGGACUGUUCUGUUGUCUAAAACACUUGAUAGGUGGACAGGUUUAUAUAAUCCGAGAUACAUAUGUUAAGUUAACUCUCCUCAAUUCCAUGGGUCAAGAAAUGUCUAAAUGCAAGACAUCCAUCCGCAGAGGGCAGCCAAACCCGGUGUACAAGGAGACGUUUGUCUUUCAAGUGGCCCUGUUUCAGCUCUCUGAUGUGACCCUUAUCCUGUCCGUGUAUAACAAGCGCAGCAUGAAAAGAAAAGAGAUGAUAGGCUGGAUUUCUCUAGGUCUGAACAGCUCUGGGGAGGAGGAACUCAAUCACUGGACCGAAAUGAAAGAGUCGAAAGGACAGCAAGUGUGCAGGUGGCACGCGUUACUGGAGUCGUGA